UAAAGUCAAACUUUAGAUUUCUGAAAUUGACACACAAAAGUAAAACAAUUACCUAGUUCCAAAAUAUUUACACAUGAAGAGUCUCUAUACGACCGGGAUCUGGGGAGUUGAUGUGUGUAAUAUUGGGAAAAGGUCAGAAGAUGGUUUACUAUGCGAGGAAAACAAGUUGCAGGAAAUGACUCCUCCGGUUCCGGAUAGUGAAAUUCCAUGUGAAAGUGAACCGAAUCACAGUGAAUUCAGCUGGAGGGCUCUUGUCAUCGUGGCGAUAAGCCUGAUAUUAACUUUAGCAUCAGCAUUUUCGGGACUAUUUUAUGAAGGCUCAACAUACUCAUCCCCAAAAAAUUAUAAAUCUAUAAUUGGCGCCUUAAUUUGCAUGUACGCAAUUAAUUUAAUGAUGUGUUUUGACCCUCGAAUUUUUCAGAGGGCCUCAAGCAAAAACAUAUUGAUGGCACUUUACACGGCAGGCCUAUUGUGUACGCGCCCCUUUUGCAUUCCCUACUUGUUCAACAUUCAAAAGAUGAUCAAUGGACAAUACGAUAUGGGUGAAUAUACAAUGGGUGCCCUGUGUCUAGGACAGGACGUUCUGUGCCUAAGUCUCUUCAUAAUCUCGCUGUGUAUCACAAUUGAAGCUAAUGAAGAUGAUGAAGAUGAUGGUUCUGGGAGUUCCGGCGAUUCCGGCGGAGACGACGACGACGACGAUUCUGGCGGUUCUUAAAAAUCUUUAAACUAGUUCCUGAAACGUGAAAGCAGCACUGUGCCUAAUAGCACAAUAAACAGAAGAUUCUUCCUCUUAACCUAUAA